UAUACAUUCAUACGAACCUCUCCUUCCAUUCCCAUAUACCUCAAAAUUUAAGCUUUCUCCUAUGGAAACCAAAUCAAAACAUAUCAAAGGGAGAAAAAAUAGUAAUGGUGGUGAUAAUCAAAAUGAGUCCUUUGAUACUGACAAGGAAACCCUAUUACCAGGUCUCCCCAAUGACCUUGGUCACCUCUGUCUCACCUCUGUCUCUCCUACUCUCCUUUUCUCCGUCUGCCAUGCAUGGCGGCGAGUUCUUUACUCUCACUUCUUGACUCCCUUUUAUUGGCUUUAUGUUCUCCUCUCUCCGCCACCAUCUUCGAAUGCAAAUAAUUCUAUAGAGUUUUUCUCUCUAGACCCGUUAUCUUCCACAUGGCACCCACUUCCACAUCCUCCGAAAAACCCUCCGCUUCAUCUUCUUCAUCGACAUCCUUCAUUUUUAUCAAGAAAUCUCCCAAUUCAAACCCUAACAGUCUCUGAUCAUCUUGUUCUCAUGGCAGGCACAACUUACAGUUUUGUCCCUGCACUUUCUAGACCAUUACUUUUUCACCCAGAGACAAAAACCUGGUUUUACGGUCCACCAUUCACCAUCCCCCGCCGCUGGUGUGCCACCGGCUCAGUAGGUAGUACCGUUUACCUGGCGAGCGGUGUUGGGUCCCACUAUAAUGGUGACGUGGCAAGGUCAAUGGAAAAAUGGGAAAUGAAAGGUGAAACAGAGAACUGGAAAUGGGAAAAAAUGGCGGCAUUGAAAGAUGGUAGGUUUAGUAGAGAAGCAGUAGAGGCAGUAGGGUUUAAAGGGAAGCUCUGUAUGGUUAGUGUUAAAGGUAAUGCACCGAAAGAUGGUUGGGUUUUUGAUGUUAUGGCUAACCAAUGGGAGAAUAUGCCAACAGGAAUGCUCGCCGGAUGGAAGGGUCCAGCGGCGACAAUGGAUGAACAAGUGAUUUACGUGGUGGAUGAGGUGAAAGGAACGUUAAAUGAGUAUAUUGAUGAAAAGGAUUGUUGGCAAACGGUGAUUGAGUCGCCAGAGCUUAAAGGGGCAGAGCAGUUAGUUGCAAGGAGAGGAAAAGUUUGUGUCGUUUGUAGAAAUGGAGAAAGGAUUGUGGUGGUUGAUGUGGUGGCUGUGCCUGUUGCUAGAGUUUGGGUGGUGGAGCCGCCGUCUGGACAGGAAGUGGUUGCUAUUCAUAUCUUGCCAAGAAUGAGUAAAUGCGUUGAGGAUUAAUUAAUUCAUGUAUGAAUAGACAUCACGUGUGGUUUAAUCUGUGUUAUGUGCAUAUAUUAUCGAUCUAUGAGGUUUGCAGUGUAAUUGGCCAAUUAUAUCAUUAGAUUGUUUUUUUUUUUUUU